AGUCUCUCUUCUGCUGACUGGAGGGUAUAUAAGUCAGUACAUCAUCUCUGUGGUCAGUGUUACUGAAACAUUUCUCAUCCAGCAUGCAGGAUCACAAUCACAGAGGGGCUCUUCUCGCCUGCUGCCUGGUGUGUUUGGUGCUUGUCCAGCAGGUGACCUGCAGUCCUGUGCCAAAGUCGGACACACCUUCAACCUCUGUGCAGGAAGUUCAGAGGUCACUGAAGAGAACAGCUCGAACGACCCCGUUAUGGAGGAUCAUGGGUACUAAACCUCACGGCGCCUACUGCCAGAACAACUAUGAGUGCUCGACAGCAAUAUGCAGGAAAGGCCACUGUUCCUACAGCCAACCAAUUCACUCCUAAAAUGAAGACUCCUACCUUCUCUGAUCUGACGUUUCGACACCAUCAUGCAUGACGAGAGCUUGAUUCAGUGAGCAACCGGAGGCAACCGAAUGUGCAAUGCAGUUAAUCAUCACUUAGACAUAAAGUAUAAGCCACAAAUGAGGCAAUAGGUAAUGUUUUGCAAGAUUAUGCUUAUAUAAGGUACAUAACAUGUGGACUCUUUUCUUUUGAGAGAGAACAUAAACCUCAUAAUCCACAAUGGUAUUGUUAUAUACAAGAAGCAUUAUGAGUGGGAUUUUCAAUAGACAUAUUUCAGGUGGUGCUGGGAAGGUGAUAACAGUUGUUGGGGCCAGUUUCCCCAAAGCAAAUGAAGUCCAGUCCCUGUCCUGGAUGUCCACAGAGCAGAGUAUAGCCUUUGGCAAUAAUAGCUCAUCUCAUCUUCAAACAUAGAAACUGGUCUUCUGUAUUAGAUCAUGUUACGUGUAAGCUAUAUAUGCAAGCGUAGGCAAACGCAUCCUCUAGUGCCUUAGCUCAACCUGAAUGUUGUUGAACCAAAGAUAGUCUGGAGAAAAAGGGACAGAGAAAGUGCAAAGGUUGCCAUUAUUGAUUGUGCCUGGAUUUUAUUAACCAUUUGCCUCCAUCCUUUGCCUUUAUCUGUUUGCUCACAUUUGUUUUAUUACAUUUUAGACUUGUUUACCUCUCACUAUUUAUGUUGUUGAGCGUCUCCACCUCAUCUAAUAGAUCAGGAUUUACAAGCAUCGUUUCAGUAUGGGACUACUUAUUUAUUGUAUUUUUUCUUUUCAUUUUGUAUGACUCAUCUGUUCAUUUAAAGGUCAUUUUGUACGUAUCUGACUAUGUAAGUCUUUAAGAUUUAUAUGUUAUAUUUACUGUACUGUAACUUUAUAUGUGCAUGCCUUAUAUGAGUGAACUUUAGUGUUCUGAAAUAAAAAAUGUUCGAAAAAA